GAAAACCUGUCAAGCAGGUUUGGCUAAAAUUGUGUCUUGUUGCCUCUGCAAGUUCACACACUGCUGGCUUCUAUCUCUCUUGGGCGAGCAGGAGCGUCUGGCUCAGCACGGAGGUCGUGGAGGUCGACGCGGGUGAGGGGCCAUGCUAGAAGCAGAGGGCUGGUAGAGGCCGAGGGGCUGUCCCACACCCUGAGCAGAGAGGAGCCUGGGCCGGGGCCCUGGGGAGCCAUGGAGAGCUUCGUGGAGUCUCUAAACAGGCUGAGGGACAUCCAUGAGAACGAGGUCCUGGGCCUGCAGAACAAGCUUCUGGAACUGAACUCAGAGAGGUGCCGGGACGCCCAGAGGGUGGAGGAGCUCUGUGCCAAGAACCACCAGCUCAGGGAGCAGCAGAAGGCACUGAAGGAGAACGUGCGGGUGCUGGAGAACAGGCUGCGGGCCGGCCUGUGCGACCGCUGCAUGGUCACCCAGGAGCUGGCUAGGAAGAAGCAGCAGGAGUUUGAGAACUCACUUCUCCAGAACCUGCAGCAUGUCUUCAUCCUCACCAACGAGCUGAGCCGGCUGCAGGAGGAGAAUGAGGCCUUGAAGGAGGAGGUGAAGCGGCUCCAGGGCCCUGGGCCCAAAUCCCAGGGCACGGAAGGCGCCUCGGAUCCCCCCUCACCCCUGCGGCUCCCCUCCCUGGGCACCCAGAAGGCCGUCACUGAGAAGCCACCAGGAGGCCACAAGGAGGCCGAGGACGACCACCUAGAAAAGUCUCUGGGGUACGGGACGUCUCCAGUGGCCAAAAUCUCCCCGGGGGCCAACCUGCCUGAGCCACGGGCCCCAGACAUGAGCCCCCAGCGCAUCUCCAACCAGCUGCAUGGGACCAUUGCCGUGGUGCGGCCGGGGUCCCGGGCCUGCUCUGCUGACCAGGGCUCUGCCAACGAGACCCCCCCACUGCCACCUGCCAGAUGUAGCCCACCCAGCCCACCUUGCCCACCUUACGAGAACAGCCUCCCCCUGGACAGCCUCCUGCGGGCUUCCCAGCCCUCCACCAUGACCUAUGAGUCCCUGAAGCGCUGCCUCCAGGCUGACCGCCUCUGCCUCCUGAACCACCACCUGUCCCUGCACCUUCGGAGGCCCCACAGCAGCCCCCAGGCCUCUGCCACAGCCCCCGGUGGACCCUGGCCCCAAGGCCUGAAGGCCGGGGAGGCAGAGGCCUGGGAGGAGCCGGCCAGCCUCCUGGGCCUGCCGGGCACCCUGGUGGAUGUCAGGGACCCGCGGCUAGAGGGGGCACUGCAUCUGCUCCUGGCCCAGCAGUUGCGGGCACGGGGGCGGGUGGGUGGUGCCAGGCUGAGGGGCCUGCGCACCCCAGGCAGGACACCACCUUCCCCAUCAGCGGGCUCUGACUCCGAGGUCCCCCAGGGCCCUGAGGGCAAGGCAGCUGGGGCAGCCCUGCUCAGAGGGCAGCACACACAGCCCACAGCCCCGGGCAGUCCUAGGAGGAAGGACGCCAUAGCCCCACAGGACUAUGUCCCAGACAAGCCCCUGGACCUCUCAGAGAGGGGCCGGGGCAGGGAUGCCUCCAAACCCACUGGCCAGCUGGGGUCGCUCAGCCCAACUGCCCACACGCCCAGCCCCACGCUGCCCCAGGGAGCGGAGCCACCUGUCCAGUCUGGGCCCCAGGGACUCAGCAAUGGCACUAAGGAACCCAGAGCACCAGACCCAGGAGAGCACCCCACACCCUUGGACCCCCCACAUCCUCUCCCAGGGCCCCAGCCCAGCCUGCCCUCUUCAGGCCGGAUGGGAGAUGAGGCCAGAGGGAGGCUAAAACUGCCCUCCUGCCUGCAGACGCCUGAUGCUGAUGGCCACCCAGAUAAAGGGCUCAGCCAGGCUGAAGCACAGCGGCCAGAGGCAGACGACCAGGAUAAGCCAGACACCUCAGACAGAGAGGUGGGUCCCCGGCCACAUGUUCGGGUGGGGCCGUCUAGAGGGCUACCCAGGCUUGGAGGGAGGGUCCUGGCACUGACCAUGUCCCUGCUCCCCGAGGUGGGCCUGAGCUCCGAGGGGGGGGCCACGCCGAGCAUGCCAGAGGAAGGCCCCAUGUGCUUCUGCUCCAAGGAACGCAGGCAGGGCCUGCAGCAGAAGAGGAAGCAGGCCCUGGACUCAGACCCAGCAGACCUGUGGGGCGAAGCCUCCAAGAAGCUGUCCCGAGGGAGAAGGAACCCAGGGGAGCCCCUGAUGGCGGCCGAGGAGCCCAGGGGCCUGAGGGACCCAGAGGACAGCAGCCCCUCACCCAGCAACAGCAGCUGGGAGGAGACCUAGCAGGCUGUGCCCGGGGUACCACAGCCUGCCCAAAUGCACUCCCCACCUGACUGCCCAUGGCCAGGACAGCCCACACCACCAGCUCAGCAGCAGCCUAGCACAGGCGAGGGGACUAGGUCCUGGCCCAUGUGCAGAGGGGCUGGGAAGGCCGAGAGGGGGUCUUUGUCUUGUCUUUCAAACCCCUCCAUCUUAAUCCACCUCAGAAAUAACCCUGCCGUCCUACCCUCACCCCAACAUCUGCUCCCUUGGGGAGAGUGGGGGUCCGGGAGGCAUGGGAGGCAGAAAUCGCUCAGGCUCCAGCCCAGCCCUCACCUCCGCUGUGCACAGGCAGCCCCUCCCAGGCUGUGCCCCCUAACUCCUACUGCCCCAGUUUCCUCUGGCAUCGCAGACUCCCCGGGCCCUGCACGCCUGGCCCCCCCUUUCCUAAUGGGGCAUGGAGCUCCGAGAGGCAGUCUCGGGCGCCCCCUCGUGGAAUCCCACACACAGGCACUGGGUGGCAAGUGCAGGGGAGGCUGGAGGGCAGUGGUGCAGUGGAGAGGGUCCCCAGGGUGCUCAGGAGACAAAGCUGUAAAGAAGGAUGGCGUAUGCAGUUGGCAGGGUCGGGGGUCAGCCGGGCCUCCACCUGCCUGGGCAGGUAACUCGAGAGGCUCUUGAAUGCGUCCAGAGACGGGGAGGUCACUCCGUUGCAGGAGGACAGGAUCAAAACCAGCCCCAUUUGCAGAGUUACAGGGACCAGGGUGCCCCCGAGGAGGGACUUGGGGGGGCAACAGAACAGAAAAUGAGCACCAGCACAUGGGACCACACACAGAGCCCCCUCCUCACUGACACUCCUGAGUCCUCAGCCGCACGUCUGCCACUGACCAGUUAGCCAUCUGCAUGACCACAUGGCAGCUCACCCAGAAUCUACCCUCAGCACUUGGGGAUAUUCUGACACUUUAGGAGGGCAUGUCUCAAGUGCCUCCGUGGGAGGAAUGUAAACAGGUUCCUGGACCCCACCCCAGACCCACUUGAGCCUGGGAAUCUGUAUUUUAAGAAGCUCCCAGGGGCAAUUCCCCUGGACAUGAAGUUUGAGAACUGCCCCUUGCAGGGCAAAGGUAGGACAUGGGGCAAUGACUGGGCUGGGUGAGGCCUGGAGCAAACUGGGAGUGCAGGCCUGACUAAGGAGAGCAAUGCUCCCCCGCUUGCUCACUGCAGCCUGUCUGCCUGCUGGCUCGAGGGGCCAGAGGGACUAAAUUCCCAAGAGAUAAGUGUAGGGGUGUGUGUGCAUGUAAAACUUCCCAGCUGUUAACAGUUGCUUUGAUUUUUCUGAAAUCAAAUAAAACAGAACCUGUGUACUGCA